CGGACCAGAGCCACUUCCACAUGUACCACGAAGACACGAGUAACGGCAUGGCGCUGUCAGAUUAUGCCACCAAAGACGCAACAAAGAAUGUCAUCUCUCCAAACUCGGUGCCUCAGGUGGACACCAUGGCAAUUCUCACCCACAGACGAAAGAGGACCAAUUUCACUCAGCAGCAGAUUAAAGUUCUAGAGAAGGUGUACUCGGACACCAAAUAUCCCGAUAUUUAUCUACGAGAGACGCUGGAGUCUCUGACUGGUCUGCCGGAGUCCAGAAUUCAGGUGUGGUUCCAGAACCGACGCGCCAAGUCUCGUCGCCAAGUCGGCUCGUCGGCGUCCAUGAAGCUCUGCGGCGCCGCCGCCAACCCCCCCACAGCCCCGCUCCAGCUCCCAAGCAGAAUGGCUCUCGACGUGCCCCGGAUGACGAGUUACCUCCCGGAGAGCAGCUUCAGACCAACGCUCUGCGGCGGCACGGACGACGCGCCCAACACGACGCAGCCCGGCAGAGCGUGCGGCUUCCAGCGCACCUCCUGCGUUUACGACGCGCCCAAAGAGGGAGGCGGUGUGCGCGUCAAACGGGAGGAGCUGCGCGCCGCGUACGGAAACGGCGUCCAUCUGUACACCAAGGAAAACGGCCACUACCUCAACGUCCCACCUCAAAUGAAUGGCCACGCAGGGCCAAAGGUGCUGGUGGACUACGACAAUUACCCACCAAAUAAAACCAUUGGACCAGAGAUGAAAGUUGUCAUCCCUCCUAUUCCACCCCAGAGUAAUUUCAGCAGGUCGUCACCGGAGACGACUACGAGUCAAACCCUGUAUCCUCAGCUGGCGGACAACUUCGACCACUUCUCCCCAACUCCUGCCAGUGAAGCGCAGGAAUUUUCUGACUCAGAUUCUGAUUGGAAAACCGAUAUCAUCACUAGUUUGGCAGGUUUCAUGGCUUAAUUUGAUUGGCUGUACGA